AUGUAUAUUUUUCAUACUGUACAUAUGUUGACACAUUUCUAUUGGAAAUUCUGUAUCUGUUUAGUAUUCUAUCUAUUUAUAUUCAAAUAUGGUAAUUGUAACGAUUGUGUACUCCAUAUAAACGAUUUGAAUAACUGUGCAAAAUUGGCUGGAGUUAAAAGAAUUCCAGAAAAAUAUGAAGGGUUUGGAUUUGGUUUUGGUUCAAUCGGUGAUGUGGAACAAAUGUGUCGAACAAAAUGGCAUAUCAAAGUGUAUUCAUGUGCUCAGUUAACUAUUCUAAAUCGUUGCUCACCCGAAUCGACUUCUCAUUUUAGAAAUGUAAUGUGGCAAUUUAUUUUUGAUACGACACCUUAUGAAAAAGCAGCAAAUUAUUUAUGUCAACAAUAUAAUCUACGUAUUUUCAGAUACCAUCGCGAUAAAUGUCUUUCCGUAUAUGAGUCUCAAGUUGAAAACUGUUCCAAACAAUAUUCAAACCUUUUGUCUCAAACAUAUUUGCAGUUGGCUAAUAGUAAUCCAGUGAACUCACGCAAUGCCGAUGAAUAUGCCAAUUACAUGAAAUCAGUGUUACGUUCAACAUAUUGUACUGGAACUAUCACAAAAGUUAAUUGUAUCAAGAAAAUACUUGAAUAUCAUUGUUCUAGUGAUAUAAUUGAAUUAAUUCAAAAUUAUUUCAGAGAAACUUUACCAUAUGGAUGUGAACAAACAACAAUUAAUAUUUCUAAACAUUUAAUAUCAAAUAUGAUCAAUAAAUCAAAUCAAACUGAUUACAUUAUAAAUGAUUCACAUAAUAUUGACAUAGAAACUAAUUUAAAUCCAAUCAAAUUGAAUGAAAUCAAUAAAAGUUCACAAAAAUCUUUAUAUAAUCAACAAAAAGAUAUAAAAAAUACAAAACGUAGUAACUAUGCCAAUAUGAAUUCAAAUUCUAUUUUAUUAAAAACAACUACAAAAAAGAUAAACAAUCAUUGUCAUAAAUUGUAUAUUAAUAUUAUCAUCAUAUAUAUUUCAUUAUUAUUUACAGUUUUAAUGUAUGAAUUUUGA